UUCGAAGGCGCUCGGUGGCAUCAUUGUGCCAUUAGAAACUCAAGCGUGAACAGCAACAGGCCGCGACAGGAACCAAAAAUUUGCAAAUAAUAUUUUCAAUCUCUAAACAAAACAUACAACAAACUCAGAAACAGGAUGAAAUUCGUGCUAACUUUGUGCUUGACCGCCGGCUUCGUUGCCGUACUGCAAGCGGCCACCGUGGCGCCUUCAACGGCAGCACCCGCAGCCAAUGUUGCCCCCACCACAGUCGCAGACGACGUAGCUAACGACCUUAUGAUUCCCGACGAUUGUUACCAGCCAAGGGAAAUCGGUCGCUGCUUUGGAAUAUUUCCUCGUUUUUCCUUCAAUUUGAACACUAAGCGUUGUGAGAAGUUCGUUUAUGGCGGUUGCGGUGGCAAUGCGAACAAUUUCGAGAGCCAAGAGGCUUGUCAAAGAAUGUGCAUGCCGAAAAGUCACGAUGAAGUAUCGGACGAAGAAAGCACAACCACAGCGAAAGCUGACGAGGAUGAUGAGCGAGCUGAUAAGCUGAUUCCCGCUGAUGAACAGUUGCAGCUUAAAGCCGCUGAGAAUCAACUUCCGAAAGAGGUUUUUUAAAAUUUGUCUUUAGUAUUAAAAGCCGUUGAUUUACAAAAAUAUUGUUGUUAAAAAUUUUUGAAACGUGUGAAAUUGUUGUGAAAAUAUGACUCACUUUAUUGAAUAAAAAGGUAAAAGUUGAAUUACAUUAACAAGAAAUAA